GCCAGCGCCGCCACCGAUCAGUCCGAGUUGAGCGGCGGAGGAGCAGAGUGCGUGUCGCGAAUGCUCCGCGUCUCGUUUGGAUUUCGUGCACGAGUAACGCGAAUAAACGGGAGUGCAAGUCCGGGAGUGUCGUGUUUCAACGUGAUGAACUGAAUAAUCUUCUGAAAGAACACCCGAGUGUCGACGGGGAGUCUCGAAGCUUCGCGAAUUCGCGGAAUUAGCAAUAAGCUGGGUAGGAAGGAGGGGCGGGACUUAUCGCUUGAGAUAUUGUUUUCUAUUUAGACUGUAUUUUGACAUGUACAGUAACUCUCGUGCGGUAUUUCGGCAUUCGGAAGCGCGAAUUCAUCGAAAUCAGCGAUUCAAAUUGUGGGAGAGUGCGGGAGACCGUUGCUUGAGAUACUGUGAUAUCGAGAUUCUCCGUGUCACAGUAAGAUGGCGCACAAAUGUCAAUUCGCUAAUGACACUUCGUUCACUUCGCGAUAUCACGAAAUGCAUUCGCGAGUGAUCUUAUUUUUUUCGUAUCGUCCGUUUAUUUCGAAGUGCAUCUGUGUGUAGUGAAGUGCGAUAAAUAAUUAUUGCAAAUAUAAAAUAAUAGAAAAAACAGUGCAAUGAUCAGUGUCUGUGCCAAAUCAUAUGGGAUUAUAGCAGAGUAGCAAUGGAACAUUAAAGCGGAUAUAUUAAAGCAGAGAGAUUUAGAUAAUCGAUUCAACGCAAUAUCUCGAGAUGACCAGACAUCAUAUCUUAAUUGUUAUCAACUGAAAGUUAUCAAAGAUGGACCUGGGAACUGAAUACUGGAUACCUUGUGAUCGUUUCACCGAGCCAAAUCUCGAGAUGACCAGACAUCAUAUCUUAAUUGUUAUCAACUGAAAGUUAUCAAAGAUGGACCUGGGAACUGAAUACUGGAUACCUUGUGAUCGUUUCACCGAGCCAAGGCCGAAAAGUCCAGCAUCUGCGACAUUCCCGCAGUCUGCAACAGUGAGCGAAGGCGAGUCUGUGACUUUCACAUACAGGACUGAUAUCGCGCCUUUGAAAGUGACAGUGCUGAAGGACAACAAAGCAGUUCCCGAAACUAGCAGCAGAUAUCACUUUAACUUGAACGACAAUACGUCUUUCGAAUUCGUCAUCGAGACCUGCACAGCCAAUGACGUCGUGCGAUCAAACAAAAGGAACGAAACAAAUUCAACGACGUCAGCCAUGGCAACUGUGAAAACGAUCCUAGUACCGGAGUUAAUAAUUAUAUCUGUGUAAUCGUUGGAUGUCAGAAAAAAAGAUACGACGGUUUUCAAUAUAUAUAGUUUGGUAGCAGAUAAAACAAUUAGCGUUUGAUAAAAACUUUAAUAUAAAAGUUUAAUUCAUAUAAGUCAGUAAUAAAAAAAGUUUUCAUGUUAUACAAUAUAACAAUUCGUAAAAGUAGAAGACGUUGCUAUGUAAAGCCAAGUUAAUUUUUUCAAAAAAUACGCAGAUCAUAAUGAGCUUUUUGUUUUCGAAGAUUUUUACAAUGUUUUCGUUACAUUUUUCUUAAAUAUUCACUUCUUGUAACUUUAUUUCUAUUUAUGUAUGUUUCUAUAUUUAAUCACUGAAGAUUUAAUUCAUGAAAAGUUAUAUGUGUCAAGUUGUACAAUUCAAUUUUGUCGCCGAUUGAUCGUGCAAAUUUGCUGGAUGCAUCAAAUUAAAAAAGAAAGUAUGUGAGUGGGCAAAAAGAGAACUAAACUUAUUUGGAUUUUGUAAAGAUAUACUAUUCCACUGUAACUUUUGAUUUCCUUUCAAACGUAUUAGCAUGCAUUUCUGCUUUGUCAAACAUAUUAGCAUAUUGUUCUCGUCUAAAUUAUUGCACGACAGUAUAAAGUAAAAGUGUAUAUUACAAUCGUCUUUCUCAAUCGUUCCAAAAUUUUCAGCAGUUAUUUUUUGAAGUAUUUUGCGAUUAUGUUCUAAAUUUUCGUAUAUAUCUGCAUCUAUCACUACAAUUGUCUGUAAAUUUAGUUUGUCCUGCCUGUUAUUAUCUGUAAAGCAUAGCAAUAUAUGUAUAAAUUUUAAGUCCAUUUACACACACAUCUCCACAUAGUGCAUAAAUUAUAAUACUAUAUUCACCGAUACAACAUGAAGCAGCCUUAAACUUCAUUACUGAUGUAGUCAUGUGUAAGUCACAUAUGUUUAAUGAAAGUUGAUUUGUUUUUACUAUGAUCCAUUCAUUCAACUCAGAAUUAUAUAUAUACAUAAUAGGUGACUUAAAACGAUCAAAUACGAUCAGUUUUUUAUCAAGAACAUAAUGAUCGGGAACAGUUACAAACUCCAUGGGUAUGUCCUCACCUUUUAUCCAUAUGCCUGUGAAUUGUUGAAAUAGAAGAAAGUAAUAAAAAAAUAUGAAUUAAUAAUAAAACAAAAUAAAUAUAGUAGUUUUCAUAUUAAUAUAACAAACUAAUUUCAAAUAGGAAUUACAACUACAAAGAUACUUCUACAUAGUCUAUAUCUUUACAAUUUGAAUGAGAUUAUUUGGGGGAACUGAUUUUCUCUGUGCUCCCUAAUUAAAAUCACCUUUAUGGAGAUUGUAGAUAUCAAGAGAUCGCAGUUUUCGUCGAUAAUGUCCUACACCACCUGCUAGGAUUAAUGUAUUCUGCACAAUUGCAGCAAUCAUAUGUCUUCUUGCACAUGGCAUACUAAAAUAAGAUUUAAAUUUGCAGAGAAAACGCUACUCUAUAAUGAUUAUUGCUAUUAUUUUUAAUUUACUUAAAAUACCUACGUGACCUCAAAAAACCAAUUUUUAGAUAUCAAAGAGUAACGCCAUAUGUUUGUGUUAAAUCUCCCUGAACCAAUACCAAAUUCUCCACCAAUAAGAUAUAAAUUGUAUCCUAAGAGAUCAUGUAAAAUAGUAAGUUAAUAUAGUAUUAAAGAAAAAAAAAACAAAAAAAAUUGCAUACCUCUAACAGAAAUCUGCAUUCCCAUUAUUGUAUUCUUAUUAUCCGUAAUAGCAUUUGGAUAUUUAAAUGUA